AUGCCACCUCUUGGAGAAGCCUUGGAUGACGACUACGUGAUCAGCCUGCUGAAAAAGGACGCAGAAGCCAACCAAAAACGCUACCUCUCCGCUGGACUGAGUUCUCUACAUUCCCCAAAGUCGCGAGGCAAUGCGCCGAAGCCGAACACUCGCUUUCUCACACACAUCAUCCGUGAUGUCGACAGUCACAAUGCCGCGUUGAAAGCGAAGGAGGAAGAGGAGUCUCGCGCGAAACUGGCGGGAUUGAGAGCCGAGAAGCGCAAGAGAGGGCCCGAGGUCGAGGCAGGUUCUGAGAAGCGAAGGCGUGGCCACGAUAAGCCUGGGAGAUGGCAGAGUGUGCUUGGUCGAGCUUCGGGUGGACUUGGAGGACGGCGCAAAAGUGUGGAGCAAAGGAGUAAACGGGACUCUGAGACGUCAUCACGAGAGCAAGCUGGUAGUGAGCACCGAAGCCGUGAUGAUAAGGAUGAGCGCCGUCGACCCGGCCUCAAGCGUGAUCACAGUCGACGCGCAAGCAAUCGCUCUCCACAUCAUCGCACAGAACGGACACGUUUGACACGGUCUCGUUCAAGAUCACCACUUACAGCUGCUAAUGGCAGCGCCCGGGAGAAGACGCAGGCUGAUAGCGAGUCCGAUUCGUCAGAUGCAGUCCUUGGACCGAAACCCGCUUCCCGGUCUCGGCCAAGAGGACGAGGCGCGGAGAGUUCUUCGGCCAUGGACUCACGCUUCGAUCCCUCCUACAACCCAAAGGAAGAUGUCGAUGUGGAGCCAGAGGAAGAUCGGGAUGAGUGGGAUAUGGCCUUGGAAGCGCUGCGCGAUCGAGCCAAGUGGCGUUCACAGGGCGCCGAUCGGCUGCGCGCGGCGGGAUUUACGGACGAGGAGAUUCAGAAGUGGAAGAAGGGUGGGGAGAAAGAUGUUACGGAUGUGCAUUGGAAAGGCAAGGGCGAGGGCAGGGAGUGGGACAGAGGAAAAGUCGCCGACAAAAGCGGUCGUUUUGACGUCCAAGCUGCCUGGGCGUCAUCAAAGGUGCCAAAGAAGUGA